GUAAAGAAAACUAUUGGUAGUUUUUUCAAUGACGGUGGGAAGCCAUUCAGCUUCGCAGCUGUCGCCGCUGGACAUCUCUCUCUGGUGAUUCUCUUUAAUCAAGGUUUUGAUAUCGCAGUAAUGGCCUACCUACUGAAGCAAACCGCGAUGUUUUCCCGUUUUCGACCAAAUUCUCAGAAGACGGGAGAUUCCUUUGCUUUCUCACGUCGCCAGUUGCACAUCGAACCAGGGCCUCGCGAGAAAGCUCUCUUGGAAGAAGAUCCUGCAUUAAAGCGGUUCAAAUCACAUAAGAAGAGUGUGUGGCGACUCAAACGUAUUGGAGAUAUCCUCACUAUUGUUGUUGUUGCUGGUUGUUGUUAUGAAAUUUAUGUUAAAGCGGUGAUGCGGGAAGAAUCUCGUAAACAGGCACAGGCUAUAAAUGAGGGCGCAUAAUGAACAAUGUAUCCCCUCAUAAGCAUUUCAGUUUUCUAGGUGAGAUCAUUAGCUGCUCCUACCGAAGGUUUUCCAUCAGUGUUAUUAAAUUGUAGUUUCAAGUUGUCUGAAUAAGUGGGAGCAAGUCCGUUGGCUUCAGUUGGUUUAAAUGAAACUUGGAAAGCAUGGUGGUAAAAAGAGCUGGCUUCGUCCUCUUUCUCCCCAGUUUGGAGUUGUGGAAAAUGUCAGCCAAUAAGCUUAGUAUCAAAUCACCCAAGUGAUCAAGGGAAUGCCCUGAUGCUAAAAGCGAGGCUGUAAUUUUCCAGCAUUUCUUGGCUCUAGGGACAUCUGGAUCUUUUUAAUGUAGCUGAAUUAAUUAUGUUUACUGGAACCCUUCAAUAAAUCUGAUUUGAGCUUGUAAUUUUGCAA